AUGCCAAAUCUGCUAAUCACUCAUAUUCACGUUGCAUAUGCUUGCCUGAUUUGCACCGACAAUUUAUAUAAUUCAUAUGAUGAAUUCCUGGGAAGCAGUAAUGGACGCAUUAUCGUCAGAAUGCUGGUUUGUAUUAGAAUUCAGAAGCACUGGAACGGACGGAGAAGAGACGUAGGCAGGUCAGCAGCUGUUAGGGCAGUAUGGGUUGUGGAUAUUGUGGGCUUGUAUGAUUGGGUUAUUGGGACUACAGCUGAAGAUGUAGAUGUAGCAGUGGAAGCUGCCCAGAACGCUUUUUACCGAAAUGCAGGCAAAGAUUUGGCUUCUGCUGCAGGGGCACAUCGUGCCAAGUAUCUACGCGCCAUUGCUGCGAAGAUCAUAGAAAGGAAAUCGGAAUUAGCAAAACUCGAACCAAUCGAUUCUGGGAAGCCAUUGGAAGAAGCGGCUUGGGAUAUAGAUGACGUUGCUAGAUGUUUUGAAUAUCAUGCUGAGCUUGCUGAAGCUUUGGAUUCAAAGCAAAAGACUUCUAUUUCUCUUCCGAUGGAGACAUUCAAGUAUCAUGUUUUGAGAGAACCCCUUGGGGUCACUGGGUUGAUUACCCCAUGUACUUGUUUGGAAUUAGGUGAAGUGUGUAAAGAGGUAGGCCUUCCACCUGGCGUUCUCAAUAUUCAGACAAGGCUGGGACGAGAAGCUGGUGCUCCUUUGGCAUCUCAUCCUCAUGUUGAUAAGAUAGCAUUUACUGGGAGUAAUGCUACUGCUUCUGACCAGAUUAACAAUGUGCUGCCAAUUGCACACGUAAUGGGCACAAAUUGCUUAAAGCUGACUUAG